GACCCGGGGGAGCGCCUCCCGCGCCCUGGCCAACCUCCGAGUGGAAACUACAAUUCCCAGCGGCCCCUGCAGACGCGGGACGCGGCCACGACGCGCCUGCUCAGUGGCGGAGGCUCGGGCUGUGUGGUUCCCGCCAAUUCUUGCGGCCGUCCUGCUUGGGUUGAGUUGAUGGAGCCGUUUGACCCCGCCGAGCUGCCCGAGCUGCUUAAGCUUUAUUACCGGAGGCUCUUUCCCUACGCCCAGUACUAUCGCUGGCUCAACUAUGGCGGAGUGGUAAAGAAUUACUUUCAACACCGUGAAUUUUCCUUCACAUUGAAAGAUGAUAUUUACAUUCGCUACCAAUCCUUCAACAACCAGAGUGAUCUGGAAAAGGAGAUGCAGAAAAUGAAUCCUUACAAGAUUGACAUAGGCGCGGUGUAUUCCCACAGACCCAAUCAACACAAUACAGUGAAGCUGGGAGCUUUCCAGGCCCAGGAAAAAGAACUGGUGUUUGACAUUGACAUGACAGAUUACGACGAUGUGAGGAGAUGUUGUAGUUCUGCAGACAUAUGUUCUAACUCCUGGACCCUCAUGACCAUGGCCAUAUGCAUCAUCGACCGAGCAUUAAAGGGUUGCAUUUCUGUGCUUAUUGAUUUACAGAAAGUGGAUCAGUUUGGUCCAUUUGCUGUUCCAACCAUAAGGGAACAGCAGGACGCCCUGCUCUGUAAAGGAAGUGGCUGCGGGCGGCUCCUGACCCGGAACCGCAUCGCGGCUCCGCCCCCUCCGCCAGGCUGCCUUCUGCAACAGGCGCGGGUCACGCUCUCGCGCUCUCUCUCUGCCGCCAUCUUGGUUCCACGUUCCCCGCACAGCCUCCUUUUAUUCCCUUCUUCCAGAAAUGCCCGGUGAAGCCACAGAAACCGUCCCUGCUACAGAGCAGGAGUUGCCACAGCCCCAGGCUGAGACAAGUAGGCUCCGCUAGCCCCCUGGCCCUUAGUUAAGAUCGUAAGGUGACCCUAAGACCACUUGGUGGGUGAAGGGGCAAUGGGAAGAGACUUGUGUCCUUCGGAGUUGACGCUCCUUAAAGAAGAUCGGGCUGUGGCUUUACGAGGGAGGAGCGUCCGUACUAUUAACUGCUGCGCUGGAGGGACUUCAUUAGGGAGUGGGGUAAAAACAGUAUGUUUGACAUUGACAGCUCCCCGGCCUGCUUUGUGGGUAUGGCAGCUGCCUCCCAGGGGCUCUGCUGUGGAACGCUCACCUCAUGUGGGAAUGUGAGCGGGGAAGGGGCCCGGUGAUGCUCACCUGUUGGAACUGGAUGACACACUGGCGGCCAAGGAGACCUGAGCUUUUGUGGAGUUCCCGCCAGCAGGUUGCAUCCUGGUUUUAGAUGGCAGUGCUCGGCGUUGUGCCCACAUCACACGUCAGAGUGAGCUGUGCGCUGGUGGCAGAUGUGUCCUGCUGGGCCCCAGGGCCCUGCGAGGUUGGUUAACCUGUUUUCUGGAUUGGUGCCGAGAUGUUUCUGUGUGCUGGAAUAGUGCCUGCAUCAGCAGCUUGUCUGGAACCCAGGACUGAAGUGAAGCCUUCCAUUGACUGCUCCUCGGCUUUGAAAUUAAUGGAUGUAGAACGUAGGCUAAGGCAAGUUUGGAAUUCUGGUUAAACUACUCCUCUAUGAGACUUGAGAGGGGUAAUGAGAAGAUUUUGGAUGAUGGUCUUCUUGCUGAGUCAGUUGUGCAGAAGGAAACGAAGGGCAUCUUCAGGCUGUACCCUCCACCCUCACGUAUUUUUCUUAUGGUAAAUUUAGUAAUUUUUUUAAACUCCGCUUGUCACUUAAGGGCAAUUUUUGUCUUCUUCUGGAAUUAAAAUAGAGUUGUUUAUCGUUGAAAGCGUUAAGGUUCACCCUCCCCACCUGUCUGAUUGUGGCAGCUGAAGGGAUUAAUACAGCUGCUAGAAAAGAAAAAGCAGGGGGCCUCUGAGCUGGAGAAUGAGCUCUGCGAAAACCUCGAACUGCCAGCGACUUCAAGCAAAGGGAAAAAUAAGACUGGUCUCUAAAGAUCCUGUGGUUUCAGUGCUAAACAAAACCUUAGACAUUCUCAUUGAAAAACUUACUUUACAAAUGUGGACACUGAAAUUCAGGUGCAUUUAGAAUAAUCUCGUUUCAAGCUUCCAAGUUAAUGCCAUUUGCUCUGGAAGCAAUCUUUACAUGGUGCUUUUAAACUGAUUCCUGAAGAGUUUGACAUUGCAUAGUAGGUUUCAUCAUGAUAUUAAGGGAGUACCAGUGAUAAACACUUGGAAAUUUUUCCUAUAAUUCAAUAAUUUCUAGAAUGAAUGAGAAAAGUAGCUCAGGGAACUGGUUUGGGGCCUUACCACAUCUUGAGGUCCAGUCAGAGGAAAACAUUCUAAGUUUCGAGUUCUGCUUAAUAUGUUUGAAAGCAUUUGCACUGUAACCAUAAGACUUUGAGCUGCCAACUCUCCAGGAAAAACUGGUUGAGCCACCUGUCUCGUCUGUAGGAGGAUACUCUGAAGAACUUCGGAUGCUAUGGUUUUUUGGUUUUGUGUUUUGUUUUCUUAAUAUGCCUAGGUGUUGAGCAUUUGUUGGUCUAAUCCUGUGUUAUCUCCUGAGUAGUAAGCAUGAUAUUUUUCCAUUGUUCAGAACGUAAUUGCUUAGCUUUACUCUAGUGCCAAAUACUGGUCUAUUUUGGCAGAAUGACAUACUUGUCCAGGUUAAGGGGUGGGGAUCCAAUGUGUUCUCUCCACUCCAAUUUCCUGCUUCCAAAAUAGAGCCACAGUCUGGUUUAACAAGUGGGGUUACAGUUUCAUGACACAGUCCCUAGCCCUGUGACUACGCUCUCUCCCGGGCAGUCUCAGUCAUCUUAGAUGGAUGGCUGCAGAGCUAACAUGCCUGGGAAGGUCUGUAGAGACCACUGAGUCCAGCCCGUUUGUGGUUGGUUUUUUGUUUGGGGUGAAUAGGUAAACUGAGGCAUAGGGAGGCUAAGUGACUUAGUAUUUCCUAUUUAGUAUUAAAUUCUGAAGAGUUUCGACUUGAGGAAGAAUGGAGUUGUGCCAGACACCCCUUCCUAAAACUUUAUUCUAAGAGUUGGAUUUUUCCUGGCCCUAGUGGCAGCCUGAGCACGUGACACCUCUUCUUUUCUCCUUCAGCUCUGAUUGCCCAUCAUUAGCACCACCCCCUACCUUCCUUGUCCCAGUUUGCAGUAUCUGUUUCCAUUAGUUCAUGCUCCUUGGGUGAACAGGAUAGAACAGCUGUUUGUCUAAUGGUGAUUCUCUGGCCGGUGAGAAGGACUUGAGGUUCAUUUGAGGAGGGAGGGGAGGGCACAGCUGGGAAAGGGUGGAAAGCAUGCUGUUCCCAACCCACUCCUGGGCCUGUGCUCCCCCUUUAGACUGAUAGGCUGCUCUGACACUCUUUUCUCCACCCGAAAAUCGUUGGCUUAUUUCGGUAGAACUCGGGAGAUGUGGGAGAUGAGGAGAAGGAUGUAUUCUUACUUGACCCCUGAAGGAUGUUUGGGGAAGGUUGCUGUUUCCUGUCACUGUUGUCUAAUCCUGUGUGGUGACUUUCGUUCUCAGAUUAAAAAUUCCAGUGUUUCCUGUGAGGCAUGUUGUACCAAGUUGGGCUGCAUAA